AUGCCCUCCCACGAAGCAUCAGCGACUCCGGUUACUCCUCCCCCGUCGACAGGCGCUGGAGAUAUCAAAGACUUAGACUCACCUAUCCGAAAAUGGUUGACUGAACAAGUCCUCGUGGCCAGCCGGCACUUGAAUGAGAUUGCCGGAAACAACAUUCCCCCAUUCGAACAGAGGGAACCGAAGCUGUCAGACCUAUUGACCCUCGGCCAUUCCUCAAUGGAGCUCAUCUUGAGCAAGCUUUUCGACGGCCUGGACAAGAAAAUCUAUAAUGCGGUGAUCACGUACCAUGAAUCUGGUAGCAUUCACCCUCCCGAUACGCUCUGA